AAUUGGCAAAAAUACAAAACUCGAUUGGGAAACAUCCAAUAACGUUUGCCCUGCCCUGUAUUAAUUGCAAUCAGAACGAUCCCGCGUAAUGUAAAGAAAGGUACUUUCUUAUAAGAUGGGCGCUACAAUGGUAAAGCCUUUGGUAAAGAAUGGAAAUUUGUUGGAUGCAUUGCCGUCACAGGGAACGUUGCAUGUUGUCAUGUUAGGCUUAGACUCUGCUGGAAAAACAACGGCACUAUACAGACUCAAAUUUGACCAGUAUUUAAAUACAGUGCCCACUAUUGGAUUUAAUUGUGAAAAGGUGCAAGGUACGAUUGGACGAGCAAAGGGAAUUCACUUUCUAAUUUGGGAUGUUGGAGGACAGGAAAAGCUGAGGCCAUUGUGGCGAAGUUACACACGAUGCACGGAUGGCAUUUUGUUUGUUAUUGAUUCCGUCGACACAGAACGCAUGGAAGAGGCAAAAAUGGAAUUAAUGCGUACGGCCAAAUGUCCAGACAAUCAGGGCGUUCCUGUACUGAUACUAGCAAAUAAACAAGAUCUUCCCAGCGCAUGCGGUGCUAAAGAACUGGAAAAGCUUUUGGGGCUUAACGAACUUCAAAAUCCAGUGCCGAACAUACCAAUGAUAAGUUCAAGCUCAUCUUCAACUGGCAACCUAAUUGGUUAUAGCGUUUCAAACCAAAGAUAUACUGAGAAAGCGUUGGAUCCGCAUCUACCAAGCCAACCAUACUCUCCAAUAGCUCCCAUAACGCCUAUUCUCGAUCAAACUUAUGAAAGCAAUUCGUCAAUGAGUAGUGGCGCAUUGGCCUCAUUUUCAUAUAUGCCUUCUGAUUCGGCUGAAAAAGACAAGAAAAUUCAGCAAGAAACAAAGCAAAACUGGCAUACUACAGUAAAGCAUAGCAAUGCUGAAGCUUCAAAUGCUUUACACAUGAAAGGCUGGUAUAUACAACCCACGUGUGCUAUAACUGGCGAAGGUCUUCAGGAAGGUUUGGAUGCAUUAUAUGAAAUGAUUUUGAAACGUCGAAAAAUAAAUAAGUCCCAUAAAAAGAGACGGUAGUAUAAACAGCGGGUCGUACCUCUGGGAAAGUGAUUAGAACGUAAACUCUAUUUAGCACAAUUAAAUAAAUGAAAAUGCACAAUAAAAAAUAGUAAUUAUA